CCAAUCUCGUGUCUCUCGGCAGCACAACACAAUUUACCGCGGACAUAUUUCAGAGUAGUGUAUCUAUCAAUCUAUUAAAAUGGAAGUAACAUCGAUAAUACAAACAAUUUUACUAAUAUUGGGAAGUGUUGCGGUAUAUCAUAUUGUUUCAUUUUACAUUUAUAUACGGAGACUUCGGACUAUUUUCAAGGGAGCGAAGGGACCUGAGAAAUACCACUGGUUGCUUGGUAGUUAUGUUCAAUUCCCUGCUGAUGGCCACGAGCGGGCUCACUACUUCCUUGACGUUUGUAACAAAUAUGGGCGGGAUCAGGGUUACAUCUUACUGUGGGGGCUGUUGAAGAAACCAAUCGUGGUGGCCUGUAGUCCAAGAGUAAUGGGUAACAUUUGCAAAAGUAACGAACCAAAAUCAAAAGGACUGGUUGGUCUUUACCGUAUUGUACAACCGUGGCUAGGUGAUGGUUUGCUUGCAGCCAAUGGAGAAAAAUGGGCGCGAAAUAGACGUCUGCUAACUCCCGCCUUCCACUUUGAAAUUUUGAAGCCUUACACCAAAGUGUUCAACCAGUCAGCUGAUAUACUUGUUAAAAAGCUUUUGAUAAAAGCAGAAGAUGGUGAGAGGUUCGAAGUUUUCCAGCAUGUUUGUUUAUGCACCUUGGAGAUAAUAAUGAAAUGCGCAUUUUCAUACAGCAAAGAUAUACAGAACUCUGGGGAAAAUAAUCCAUACGUGAAAGCAGUGAAUAGAUUAACAGAUGGGUUAGUCUACAGAUUCAUGCAUCCAAUCACUUUGUUUGACUUCUAUUGGAAUCUAAGUAAAGUCGGACGGCAGUGCAAUAAGGACUGUAAAUUUGUUCACUCAGUAGCGGAGGAAAUUAUCGACAAGCGAAGGGAGGCAUUGGAGGAUUCGGAAGGUCCCCAAAACCGUCGCUACAUUGAUUUUUUGGAUAUUCUUCUGACAGCCCAGGAUGAGGAGGGUAACAAGCUCACAAGAUUGGAGAUCAGGAACGAAGUGGACACAUUCUUGUUUGAAGGUCAUGACACAACCGCCAGUGCAAUAUCAUGGAUAAUGUAUUCUCUGGCGGGAAAUCCCGAAUGCCAGCGGAAAUGUCAGGCGGAAAUUGACGAAAUACUCUGCGACAGGGAAAGUGAUGAUUUGGAAUGGUCAGAUCUAACUAAACUUGACUAUUUAACAAUGUGUAUCAAAGAAGGAAUGCGUCUUCAUUCCCCGGUACCAAUAGUGAGCCGGGACACCGCACACGAAUUUGAUCUCGGCGAUCGUGUUGCACCAAAAGGGACAAUUAUCCAGAUAAACAUUUGGGCAAUGAACCAUAUGGAAAAUGUAUGGGGUCCGGACCAUAUGGAGUUUAAACCAGAACGAUUCUCAAAGGAAAAUAUCGACAAGAUCGAACAUUUCCAGUAUGUGCCGUUUUCAGCUGGACCAAGGAACUGUAUUGGCCAGAAUUUUGCAAUGAACGAAGAAAAAGUUGUUUUGUCAAAGUUAUUAAGGAAUUUCACAUUUAGACUUGACCCGAACCAUGAAGUUAGGAAGAAUAUGUCUGCUGUUAUGAGAACGAAGGAUGGAAUUUACAUGUUUGCUGAAAAACGGAACAUCUAAGGGAGAAACUACAUGUUUGACAACGUUUCCAUUCAUGAGAAUGAAUUUUAAUUUUUUUAACUGGAAAUACAUAUCUCACAAUAUACCAACCGACAGGACAACGGAGUUACUUUGCUCUUGUUGAUUUCCUUCCCUCAAAGUUUUCAGCUAGUUUGUAAAUUCUUAAUAUUUUUGUGGCUUCAGAGGUUGAUCCUGAGCAUACACUAAAUUUCAAAGAGGUACUUUAAGUAAUUUUUAAGACAUUGGCUAAAUAAAAAGUUUUGUUGAGUAUAUAAUAAGAUAGUGCUGAAUCUUUUCUUUCGUUUCAAAUGUUACCGGGCAUCGAUCGGAUAAACUGGUAUGAUUUUAACAAGACCAUCCUUCAAAUAAAAAACCCCGAAGAAUUUGAAGUACGGUACCGUAAAAUACAGGUAUUUCGUGAACAAUGAUGCAUUUGCUCUUUUAUUGCUAUCCUUAAUUGCUUUUAAUUUGAUUAAAAUACAUUUUCACGUACUAUACCAUAACCAGAAAUUAGUGUUGCUAAUAAAGGAAUUUGAAAAUGAAAGUCCGAUUUUCAGUGAUUUUUUCACACGAAGUCGCGAACUAGCCUUAAUCUGGGGGAAUUUAGAAGUGAUGCACAGGCCUAGUGGUGUUGGCUGAUACACGCAAGGUAGUGGGUUUGAGUCAAAACGUGGUGGCGACAAUGCCUUCAGACAAACAGACGGACAAUCUGACACAUAUACAUGGUAAAAAAGAAUAAUGAACACAAUCUCCAAAUUUUAUUAUCUGUAAAAAAACACCUCAUGUACAUUUAA